AUGAAAAAAGCAGCGCUUCACACCCCUUGGGUGUUAGCGUUUACUAUCGCACUGUCUGUUGUGGACGCUCUAGUUCUAGAGCUCAGGGUGGAUGACGGUCCUCGUAAGGAUGUUAUAUCGCCCAUCUACUCCAUGCCGGUCCUAGCGACGACGUCGGAUCAUGUGGAUGUACCUACCUACGUGUUCGCGGUGGCAGAAGGAGGGAGCAUAGAAGGAACUGUCAAGGUUGUAUCAAUAGAGGACUCGCCAGUUAUGGUGUCUGCGGGAAAUGAAACAAAUGGUGGAAUCACCGGCACUCUCGGCGGAUAUUGGAAUAGCGCAGUACAGCUCAGACAAAGAAUAAAAUCGUACAAAAACAACCGGGAUCACUACAGUUGGCUGCAACUUAUAUAUAAUCUUUUCAACUGGGCAUUCGGUGGUGGUCGUGGGAAGGAUGACAAUAAUGCGGUGAGCAGCGUCAGCAGAGAUCCAACUCAGACGCUAGACAAUGUAUACAUCGUUAUAAUCUCAAAAUUGAAGUGGAAUUUGUAUGUUAAGGCACGUAGUGAAUAUGUAAUGGAGCCUGCAAAAGGAAGCGACCAAUUUAUUGUCAGUGGCUAUUUCGUAGCGGAUAUGCGCAUACCCAUACCAGCUGUGGGACAAUCAGUGAAUUUUACAUACAAGGUGAAGUCAACUGAUACGUUUGUUAUUCUGUUGUUUAAUGCUAACGAGAGCAAACUCAUCAUGGAUGGCAAGAUUACGCUCAAGAACCCGAACAACGAUCAUCUCUCCGUUGAAAUGAUGUAUUACAGGGGCAUUCUAGCGUUCUGGACGAUAUUAUACGCCACUACUGGAAUCUGUGCGUUGCUUUAUUUGAUAUUUUGGUUGAGGGGAACUGCUAAAGGGCUGAAUUAUAUGUUGGCCCUAAACUUCGUAUGCGUAGCCAUAUACCUGCAGCUGGAUCGCCAACUAAUACAGCUAAUAGUUGACACCGGAACCUACCCAAACAUUCUCUGGACUAUGGCUCAUCUGGUUAAAAGGGUGCACGAAAACUGUCUGUUGGCAACACUUGUACUGCUAUCUUUGGGGUGGCAAAUUAUCCGUGAAAAUCUCACUCCCACGGAAUUCCGCACGGUUAUAGCGGUAGCGGUGUUUGCCUGUGUCAAUGAAUUCUUCGAAAUACUCGUCAACGGAACUGAUGUGGCGCGUUUUGCCGUUGGCAGCGUGGUUUUCAUCACAACCAUAAUAGCAUUGAACAUCAACCAACUCAUCAUAAGGGCAAGUAUCACAGACGAAUCUUUCAGCGAGCAGACCGGAAUUGCAUACGGGCAACUUAAAGCGUACAAUAUAUUCAAGGCCAGCAUAUUUGCCGGUGCAUUCAAGCCGAUCAUAUACUCCAUGGUUAGAACCUUCUGCUUCAGAUCGUCUACGGAGCAAAUGUUCAUCUGGGAUGAGCAUUUCAUGCUGUUCAUGGACCUUAUGUUCGACUACGCGUUAUAUUGCACCUACUUCGGAGCGUUCAUGCUAAUAUCGCAACCACCGCUAUUUAAACAUAUCUUCACUCAGUGUUCCGAGUUGCACUGA